AUGGCUAUGGUUUGUGUUUUAAAUCUAACACUACUGUUUUUCUUUAUAGAAGGGCAGUUAAGACAUAUAAAAACUGGAGAGCCAUUUGUUUUUAACUACCGAGAAGAUUUGCAUAGAUGGAACCAAAAGCGCUAUGAAGCUCUUGGAGAGAUCAUCACUAGAUAUGUAUAUGAAUUAUUGGAAGAAGAGUGCCAUUUGAAAAAAGUAUAUGUCCCAGUAGAUGCAGAAGAGACUGAACCUAGGAGUUUUAUCUUUAUGAGUGAGGAUGCAAUGACAAAUCCUGACAAACUGAUGAUUUUAAUUCAAGGCAGUGGUGUUGUCAGAGCAGGACAGUGGGCAAGAAGACUUAUUAUAAAUGAAGAUCUGGACAGUGGCACUCAGAUUCCUUAUAUUAAAAGAGCUAUACAGGAAGGCUAUGGAGUAAUAGUACUGAAUCCGAAUGAGAACUAUAUUGAGGUUGAAAAGACAAAAGCUCAAGUACAGCUGCCUCCAGAUAGCUCAGAUGAACCUGCAGAAAAAAGAGAGAGAAAAGAUAAAAUUCCAAAAGAUACAAAGAAGCGACGAGACUUUUAUGAGAAGUACCGAAAUCCACAAAAAGAAAAGGAAACAAUGCAAGUAUAUAUUAGAGUAAAUGGUCUCCUGAAGCACAUGGUUCCCACAACUAACAAUUCAUUGCAGUUUACAUGUUGGAUAUGCUUGAGAAAAGACCCUACCAUAUACAAUAAACAUGCAGAGCAAGUUGGAAUUCUACAU